CAAUGCCACUUCCUAGUACUGGUUCCAUAAUCCUGAGCGGUUAAGUGAUCUUUUGAAUGUUUGAUUCACUCCAACACGCGGAACGCAUAAUCGUGUGUGUGUGUGUGUACUUGUCUAAGUAUACAAUGUGUUUCUUAUCUGAAAUGUUUGAUUUCAUUUGAGUGAACAGAUUGAUGUAUUGAAGUGGAGAAGCGCUUGCUCUUCUUUACCCUAGAUUUGUUUCCUUCUCUGCAUCUUCUUUUCUACAGUGGAGGACUUCUUUGGAGAUGGCUGACCUCAAAGAACGGCUGCUCCCACCAAAACCUGCAUCAACAGUAACUGUUAGAGAUUCGUCAUAUAGGCCAUCUGCCUCUGGCCGGCUGCCAUUUCAGGGAGUGGAUGUUUCAGGACUAAAAAAAUGGGGGCAAGGUGUUCGAUCAUGGAUACGUGUUGAUACAACUGGGAAUUCCCGAGCAAUUGAGGUUGACAAGUCCACUGUGAUGCGUCGUUGUGAUCUUCCUGCACGUGACCUAAGAUUAUUAGAUCCGUUAUUUGUUUACCCCUCGACUAUUCUUGGUAGAGAGAAGGCAAUUGUUGUAAAUCUUGAGCAGAUUCGUUGUAUUAUCACCGCUGAUGAGGUUCUGCUCUUAAAUUCCCUUGAUAGCUAUGUACUGCAAUACGUGGUGGAGCUGCAGAGGCGAUUACAAGCUGCAGGAGUAGGUGAAGAUUGGCAGUCCGAAGGUUCAGCAUUAAGCAGGAGCAGAGGAAGUAGAAACUCUGAUGAUAUAUAUGGAAACAUAUCUCCUGAUUACUUACCCUUUGAGUUCAAAGCUCUUGAAGUUGCUUUAGAAGCUGCCUGUACUUUUCUGGAUGCUCAGGCAGCAGAACUAGAGAUUGAGGCUUAUCCACUAUUGGAUGAACUUACAUCAAAGAUCAGUACAUUGAAUUUGGAACGAGUUCGUCGAUUAAAAAGCAGACUUGUUGCACUGACCCGGAGAGUUCAGAAGGUUAGGGAUGAGAUAGAACAGCUAAUGGAUGAUGAUGGAGACAUGGCUGAAAUGUAUCUUACUGAGAAGAAAAGUCGCAUGGAAUCACCAGUCUGUGGUGAUCAAUCUUUCAGUGGAUUUCGAUCAAAUGAUGGUGGGUUCUCUGUUUCUGCUCCUGUUUCUCCUGUUUCUUCACCCCCAGACAGCAGCAGGAAGUUUGAGAAAUCCCUGAGCAUUGCAAGGAGCAGACACGAGAGUGUGAGGAGCUCAGAAAGUGCCCCCGAGAAUAUAGAAGAGCUCGAAAUGUUGUUGGAGGCAUACUUUGUUGUCAUUGACAGCACUCUCAACAAAUUGACUUCGCUGAAGGAGUACAUUGAUGAUACAGAAGACUUCAUCAACAUUCAGCUGGACAAUGUUCGGAACCAGCUUAUACAGUUUGAGUUGUUGCUCACCACUGCAACUUUUGUCGUUGCUAUAUAUGGAGUUGUCGCUGGGAUAUUUGGGAUGAACUUUCCAAUAGCAAUGUUCGACGAUCCAGGUGCAUUCCAGUGGGUCCUAAUAAUCACGGGAGUUUGUGGGGCCGUUAUUUUUUCAUCAUUUUUAUGGUUCUUCAAGUAUAGAAGACUAAUGCCGCUGUAGAAGACUGGAAACACAGACAUUUUCGUUUUAUUGUUGUCAUCUACUAUUUAGUUUGCAUGUCAAACAAAUUAGGAGUAGAAAAUGAAGAGAUCACCUAUCUCAUUGAAUUUAUUUUUAAUUCUUUGUUAUUUGUACAAAAAUUAUAGUUCAUUAGUUAUGCACCGGUUGCUCCUUUUGCAACUGGAGCUGUAGAUCAGUUGAGUUAACGAUUUUUUGUUUAACUGUCGAGUUUGGAAUCAUUUCAUUGAGAGGGUGUUCGAAUAAACCAAGUUUAACAACCUUUUAUUUGUAUUCAACGCUUGAUCAGACUAAAAGCUUGUCUUUUGAGAAAAUUUUUGUUUUUAAAAAAGUGAAAAUUAAAUAAAUACCAUGGUACAAAGUCAGAUGGAUGUCUAAGGCUCUAGGCAUAUUGGCCAAGUCUGAAAGGUUUUAUUAUGCAAAACUGGAAAACCAUCUAACACUAACAACUAAUUCUCUAGUAAACUCGCAGUUUUGUUGUACAAAUAACAUUAGAACAUAUCACUUUCAACCAUGACAAGGUCUCAACGAGUUUCUCCGCCCAAGACUGGUUCAUGUCGGAAACAGCAGAAACCAUUACAUAGAUGGAAGACAGUCAGCGUUAAGAGGUUUCUGGAAUGUGAGC